AUGACGAUGAGCGUAACGAUAACAAUACUAUGCAUUCUUGGUUCGACAUUUUUGUUAAUAAUGCCGGAUAACACGACAGCAUCAGAUAAGUUCUUUCAAACCGGCGGCCGCUUUGGUAAAAGACACGAUGAGCAUAUACCAGAUAUUCGUUAUGCUGCCAUGGUAAAAACACGAUCAGUGGACAAUGUACCACCUAGGAUAGAAAGAGGUUUUUACAUAUCAAGGUACGGUAAACGAAGUACUAACUCAAUUACAGAUCCUUACUAUUUUACACUCUGUUUGCCGUCCUAUGGUAUAUAUUGUGAUUUCACAGGAUUACCUAAUUUACUUCGUUGCAAAAGGAUCCAACCUGGAGCAUGCUCCUCGAAUCUAAAUUAUGUCAACGAAAAAACUCAGAUGAAGCCCGACAACGACAUAAUCAUUUAA